CCGGGGGUAAGGUUGGCGCUGCGCACUCUACUACACGCCAACUCUAUACCUUGAUGGCGGCAUUCUGCACCCAUCCCGCCGCCGCCCGCCGCCCGCCGCACCCAUCCCAGCACAACAACAUGGCGAGGCGGAGGUAGCCAGCCGUCAAGGGUAUUUUGGUCCCUCUCCUCGACGCCGCGAUGGACAAGGCGAGCAAGGCCAUCAGGAGGUCUGGCGUGAAGCUGCGCUCUCUGUCUAGUGGCCAUGGGGACCUUCAGAUGGUGAUAUCGCAGCUGGGGGAGGUGCGGGCCAGCUUCAAGGCCUUUGCACUAGCCCAGGCCACAGCGGCAGAUGACCUCCUGCGCUGGGCGGGUGGCGGCAGCAGUGGCGGAGGUGGUGGCGGGGGUGGCGGCCAGGAGAACAGAGCCAUUGAGGAGACCUUUGCACACCUGGCAGAGCUGUCCGUGCUGUGGUCAGAGGUGCAGAAGGACUUUGCAGACCAGCUCAAGGAGUACAGGACACAGUAUGAGCUGAUUCUUGAGGGAGAGAAGCACGUCACGGAUGCCAGGGAGGUGCUGAGCUUGAGGGAGCAACGCGAGGGGAAGCUGAGGAGGGAUCUGAAGAGAGCGAGUAAGAAGGCCCCGGUGGAUGAGGUUUGCAUGCUGAAGGAGAAGCUCGGACAGGCGGAACGAUCGAGGGACUUGGCGCACCUAGACGUGGUGGAGCGGACGGGUGAGAACGAGGCGGUCAAGAUGAUCCGCGUGAAGGAGGGGUUGCUCCGGCUCAGCGCGGCGUACUGUGACCUGGCCCACAAGUGUCUGGUCAUCUUCACCGCUCACAGGGACAUCGCCGCCCAGCUUCCCGACGUGCACGACCGGGACCUGCAGGGCAUCAAGUACACAGGCGCUGGGUCUGCCAUGCGGUGCGUCCAGGAUGCCAAGGAGCGGGUGCGAGCCAUCCCGUCGACCACUGACCCCACCACACCCUACAGCCCCCCCACUCACCCGCCCCCUCACCGCUACCCCCCGACGGCCCCCUCCCACCCUCACCCCCCCAUCACCCACAGCCCCUCACUGCCGGAGGAGCACGCCCCCCCCUCUCACCCACCCCAGGGCUCCCCACAUUCAAACAGCGCCCCCAAUCUGGUCGAGGAUGUCCCCCCUGCCACCCCCACCCCCCAUGCCCCACACACCCUGCCCCCCGUCACCCCGCUGAGUGCGAACGAGAGGUCAGGUUUCACGGACACGACCUUCCGACCUGACACCUCAGCCUCGUCCCCUGACCUAGCUUACCCCCCUCAACCCCUGCCUCCCCAUGAACCCCAGGCCCUCCCCAGCCCACCCUACAACCCCUGCUACGAGUGGCUGCCGGGGCGUGGCGCUACGGACGGCACGGACGGUAUAAAUGAAACGAACGCAUGGACAAACGACGACACCUCAAGUAUAAGCGCCGCGACCCACCCCCACCAGGCUAUAGACACACCGAGUGGCCCGCCAAUAGACCACGGCAUGAGGGGGUGGCCGGGGACAGGCGCCACGACUCCUGGUGUGUACCCAACGCUCAACGGACUCCACGACAACACUACCUCGCCAACCCCACCAACACAUCCCCUCCCAGCCUCUGUGCGGCCUAGGGUGGGCAGGAACCCCUUCUGGGACUCGGAAGAAGAGGAGGAGGAGAGGGAGGAGGCGGGAGGAGGAGGAGGAGGAGGAGUGGCUAGUCUGUCAGGAGCUCUUAAGAAAACAGCCAUCAGUUUGAAGCCAUGCUGGAGUGUUCCUGCCUCACCCUGCCCCGCCAUACCUUGCCUGGCCGACUGCUGGAGUGUCCCAAGACUGGCCAGCCACAGCCAGCCAGCCACGCCCACCGCCACACCACGAGUGUCUGUAGUGAAACCAAAUUGUCAAGUCCGUUUGGGCGUAGGCUCCCGCGGGUCCAUUCCUCCCCUCUGCUCUGCCACACAGUCCCAACACCUAUCUCUUCCUCUCAUAUGUAAAGUAAAGGUAACAUAUGAGAGGAAAAAAUAGGUGUUUGGACUGUGUGGCAGAGCAGAGGGGAGAAAUGGACCCGUGGGAGCCAACGCCCAAACGGACUCGACAAUUUGGUUGGACUGUAGUCUCUUAACAGUCUACCUAGAUCAUGCCAUGUUAUGGACGUGUCCUCACAGAAAUUGCACAAAGAAAAAUGACAGCAGCUUCAAAUGGAAGUAUCAGAAAAGGUUGUGGAUCAUCCAUGUGUGUAUGUGGCGGGAUUCUUUGAAAAAUAGAGGUGUGUAUAUAUUUCAAAUAUUUCCUUUACUGCCACUUCCUAUAUUUGGUGUUUUUGUUCCUUUUAACAGCUUCCCUUUAGUUCAUUUGAGUGUGUGGAGGGCCCAAGACUACCCAGAAAAGUGCUGUCCUCAUGACUGCCCAUCAACCCAGACUCCCUCCAGCCAAACUCUAAAGAGGACCAAGUGAAGCUCUGGCGGUGAGGCUUAGUCCAGCGAGAUGGCGCCACUAUAAGACAGUUGCCUGUGCCACUACUCGGCUGGGACCAACCAAAGGAGUAAAGGUGGGGGCACACGCUAUAGCAGCGCUUGGCCUCGGUGCUAAUCUCCGGGGCGCUGACCCUUGACCGUGUGGUGUGGGAACCCAUCACCCCGGGACAGGGUCAGCGUGACAUCCGUCAGUUUGCCUUCUCCAGGUGUCCCCGGGUACACAUUCACCCACCAGCUUGAGGGGGAGGAUUAACAGCUGGGUGAGCAGCACACUGACUGCCCGGGCCGGGAUCCAAAAACGGGCCAGCGAAUUCGUAGGUAGACACGCUGACCACUAGACCACGGAGGCGUAAAAACAAUGAUUCAAGGGGUGAGAAACUUGCCACGUGAGGACAGACUCAGGCACCUGAUGCAGCCAGUGUCAAGGUGGGACAACAAUUACAACAAGCAAAUGAACUGAACUUGCCAUCCCACGGCUGCACUGCACACACACUGAAUGCUUUGGCUCAUGAUCUGGAAACUGGUGACAUAAAAAACAUGUGGCUUACCUUGUGAAAUGCUUGAAACCAUCACCCUGCCUCGGCACGGUGCCGGCACAGGGCGGCCAGUGUCUUGUUCUGCCAUGUGUGGCUGACUGAACAUGUGUGUAAUAAAAUUUGUGAAGUUGAUAUCAGGGAGUGUUUAGUUUUCUGUUCUGUGUUGUUGCCCGGCACUGUGGUCAAGAUUUCAAUCAAACAACCCAGGUAAUAACAAUAAUAAUAAUAAUAAUAAUAAUAAUAAUAAUAAUAAUAAGCAGAAGAAAAAUGUAAAGAAAGUUAAAAUAAGACAAAAUAAGAAGAGAAUAAUAGAAAAUGAGAAGAAAAAUGAUAAAAAAUAGAGAAAAAUGGAAAAGUCUGGUGUGGGGAUGCUGGGUGAUCUGAGUGGACUGAGCCUGGUGUUUUCAGGCCCUUCAGCGCUCACACCAACCAUUUCCAAAGGCCUGGAAGUAGAUUCAUCGGGUUUUAAUGAGUUUUCUUAGGUUCAGGGCACAGGGGAAGGGUCACACUACCACCAGGCUCAUAAAACUACCCCUGGAAAUGUUUCACACAACUCCUACAAAAGCAUUGUUAAAUGUGUGCGCUUGGGCGCUGAACUGCUUUGGAAAGCAGUCAUGAGUGUCUUGGGAGUUGUAAUAUACAGUGUGAAGGGGGCUGGGGAAGUGUUGGGAAGAGGGGCUAUGGUGGGAAGUGGUCUAGUGUUGUGAGGGGGGACUAGACCAUAUUGUUAACCCUUUCGUUGCCAAAUUCUCACAGCGAGGACUAGUGUAACUUGCCGGUGGUGCUAAAUGCUCGCUGCGAGCUCCAGUCGCACUCAAAUUUCCCAUAUAUGAGAGUGUUCCAACACUAUUUCUCACCCCACAGCAUUGCCAAUUCAGUGGGUUUUCCACUAAUAGUGGAAAAUCAUAUCAGCCUAGCACGGAAAAGAGUGAAAAUCUACGGACGAGUAAUUGGUGGAUGUUGUUGUCCAAUAUAGUGGCAUUUUUGCAUAGCUUCACCUGACUGAUUUUUUUACCAAAUAACUGUAAAUUUUGCAGUUGGCAAUACUACCUUGCCAGCACCCCAUCAAGAGAUCUACUCAGUUGUUGCCUCAAUAUGGCUGACCGUUGUGCACUCACAAAUGUACGUCUUCACAGGCAACACCCCCGGAACAUGCCUGUACAUUUGCAGGAGAGCCUUCCAUAACCAAAUCGUAUAGAUCUUGGCCUCCUCUUUCCAAUGGUAUUUUUGUUUUUUAGCUGCGAUGAAUAGUUUUUGAGAUACAGCGGUUAAAAGAGACCCCUCCUGCUGGGCUGCCCGAGUGUGGCUGGGGGGAUAGUUUCGUUGCGGGUGAUUAGCAAUGAAAGGGUUAAACGUCUCGGAGUCUCAGUUCCCCCUGUUUGCAAGGCCUCUCUUGGUGAAAGCUGCCGGGGUUUUUGUGGACUGUUUGGUGAUGCUGGUGACAGUUUUACACGACCUUUGUAUCUUGAACGGGGAAACCACCCAUGAAAACCCAACUAAUUUCUAUGGCCUUGGGAAAUAGUCGUGGUGGUAGCGAGAGACAGAGCUAUAGAGGUACAGAGUGAUGCUGGUGAUAGCUUACAUGAGUUCUGCACCUUGAAAACCACCCACGAAAAUCCAGUUAGUCUUCUCAGUGGCCUUGGGAAAUGGUCACGAUGGGAGCCUGAUGAUACAUUUCAGAAUAUGGAGUGUGUCGUGUUAUGUGUGCGUGCGUGUGUGUGUGUGUGUGUGUGUGUGUGUGUGUGUGGUGAAGGGGUCCUGUGUGCCAGUGAAGAAGAGGAAGAAGAAGAGAAAGAAUAAAAACAGAAAAUGAAAAAGAGGAGGAGGAAAAGAAAGAAAAAGUAGAAGGAAAAGAAGGAAGAAAAAUGAAAAGGUCAGUGUUGUAUGACCAGGGUUAUUAUUAUUACUAUUAUUACUAUUAUUACUAUUACUACUGCUAUUACCAUGACAUUGCCUAUGCAUAUCACUAGCCUGGAGAGAGUGUGUGUGUGUGUGUGUGUGUGUGUGUGUAAAUCAGUAAGUUGGUUGUGCUUCACUUAUGGAUACAUGUGCCAUUUGCAAGACAUUAUUAUUAUUAUUAUCAUUAUCAUUGUUA